AUGAUUCUAUCCAUUUUUCUCAUUUUCCUUUUGAGUUCCACAGCUUUUUCUGUAUCUGGAGACUGUGAUGGACACUUCAGUUAUGAGAAUUCUUGUAACAAACUUACACUGGAAUUCAUAGCUCAAUGGGUCUCACACAGGCCGAUUCCAUCUAUGAAAAUUGCUUCAAAUAUUGGGGAUGACUGUAUAAGAGCUUUGAGUUGCACAAAAAUGAUUAAUUGUCCUGAAAAGGACCAGGAAAUAUCGAAGAAAAUAGCAGAUAUUGCGGAAAUGUGCACAGGAAUCUAUGCUUUCGGAUCAGCGUUCGGCAAGUGUAUCAGAAUAAUCCAAAGCAAAGAAUCAUCAAAAGACUAUCCUUGUUUACAGUAUUGGGAUAAUGUGAACCAAUCUCCUACUUGUGAAUUUUUCGGUUUAGAUUUCGAUUGUGCUCAAAUGUUAGUUGAGAAUCAAUGUGGAAUGUAUGCUUUAAAACAGAUGAAUGACAAUAAGAACUUUAUUGCGGACUUUUUUGGAUGCAAACUGUCAUCAACAAUUAACAGAAUGGAAUCAAAAAAGAUAGGUUCUUCCGAAAAAGACGACGACCGACAAAUUGGAUUUCUUCGGGAAUCAGAAUAA